GGACCCGGCGGACGCAAGCUGGCAGCAGUUGUGUAGAAUCAGACACAGAGCAAGAGGGUCCAGUUUAAAUCUGUCUGUAAUCUCAGCAACAGCAGCUCAAGCUGAAGAGGCUGCCCUGCCUGCCCUGCCUCUCCCUGCCCUGCCUUCCCACUCAACUGCCACCCUUUUUUUCCUCUUAAAGGAGAUGUCAGAGCUUGUCUACAAUGGAAGCAGCGGAGGCAGAUAGGAGAGAGCCGGGCUACCUAGCUGAUGAGGACGUCUGAUCUUCCCUUGCUGAACAGCACAAGAUGAAGACACUGCUGCGCCAUGGGUUGGCAGUGUUGCUCGCUCUUAGCACCAUGUGUACCAGUCUGGUGAUCAUGUACAGCAAUAUGAGGACCAUGAAGGUACAAAGCUCGCAGCCUCCAUCUGUAGCAACAGUCCGGAGCGAGGGCAAGACCAACCACGCCAAGGAGGACCCCCCCAUCCCCAUCCUGGAGGGCUACAUCAGCGUCUUGGACCACAAGCCCCUGAAAAUGCACUGCAAGAGUUGUGCGCUGGUGACCAGCUCCGGGCACCUGCUGGGAAGUAAACUGGGUAAUAAGAUUGACCAGACGGAGUGCGUAAUACGUAUGAAUGAUGCUCCCACACGGGGCUACGGACAGGACGUUGGCAACAAAACGAGCCUGAGAGUGAUUGCGCACUCCAGCAUCCAGCGGAUAUUGAGGAAUCGCAAUGAACUGCUAAACAUGAGUCAAGGCACCGUCUUCAUCUUCUGGGGCCCCAGCAGCUACAUGCGGAGGGACGGCAAGGGACUGGUGUUCAAUAACCUGCAGCUCAUCAACAAGAUACUACCUCGAUUAAAAGUGCACACCAUCACCCGCCACAAGAUGCUGCACUUCGAUGAACUUUUCAAGAAGGAGACGGGAAAGGACAGGAAGAUCUCAAAUACUUGGCUCAGUACCGGAUGGUUCACCAUGUCCAUAGCAUUAGAACUCUGCAAUACAAUUAAUGUGUACGGGAUGGUUCCUCCAGAUUUCUGCAGGUCUCCCAACCACACGACGGUGCCCUACCAUUAUUAUGAACUGAUGGGACCAGACGAGUGUACAAUGUACAUCUCUCACGAGCGAGGCAGAAAAGGAAGUCACCAUCGCUUCAUCACAGAGAAAAAAGUUUUUGCCAACUGGGCACGGACCUUUAAUAUCAACUUUUUCCAACCAGACUGGAAACCGGAGGCACACAAUGGAAAACACUUACUUGGGAAACCAAUGUUCUAAACAGAGGGAGACUCAUGAUAGACGCCAUUUGGUCUCCAGUAGUAUCUGUCAUAAGACCUUUCCUAUCAAUGAACUAGGAAAUAGAGGUGCUCCAGGUUAAUAGCGCAUUCAUAGCCUGAAAAAAUUGGUUAUCCUUUUAGUAUGUCUACUACAGUUCUUUACAGGUGUUGGCUGCACAUUGAAGAAGCUUUCCAAGAAAGAGUCAAACUCUCUCCAGUUACACACAAAGGUUCUACUGUGUACAAUUCUUUUAAUAUUAACUUUCACAGAAAAAGAUAAAACUUGGUGAGUCCGAGCCCUUUUCUGGAAUCAUCUAUGGAUUGGUUAUUUUAAAAGACAAGUUCACUUUUAACCUAAAAUCGAUUAAUUCACUCUACCCAGCCACCUAAUGUAGAACCCCCCACUCUGAUGCGUAUGCACCUCUCUGUGACAGUGGUGGACUCCUCCAGUGUUUAGUGUUUUUGGCCUGACAUGCUUUAAGAGUAGAGAUGUUACAAGUAUGGCCCCAUUCAAGUCUAGAGGGAGUCAAUGCUUAGGCAUACGCAGCAACACAGUAGAUUUUAGGUCAAGGCACUAAACACCAGAGGAGACCAUCACCACCAUGAAGAGGUAAGUAAAAAUCUGAAAUGGGGGGCUCUAGAUUGGAUUGGGUCGCUGGGAAGGGUGGUUAAUUAUGUAAAAGCCUACAAGUCCUUUAACCUCUUUGAGCUCACAAUCUGUCUUAACGUUGCCCACGAUGCCACAUGCUAUAGACCUGAUAAUAACCAUUCCCUCUGAGAACUGGAGGUUAAAGUUUGUGUGUCAUUAGACAAAAUUAGUCUUUCACCUUCAGGCUGCAGUGCCAUCUAUUUGAUUGUGUAAUCGUUAGAUACAAUUACAAAAAAAAAA